CUCCAGCCGCCCCGGUCACGGACGCGCGGGCCGGGCCGGGAAGGGCGAGGCUGGGAGGAGGAGCAGAGAUGGGCGCCGGGAAGGGAGGGACGGCGCCUGCGCCCGACGACCCCAGGGACAGUCGGAAAUAAAUAUUAAUAUGGAGAAUGAUUUCAACUCUGAGUCAUCAUCAUCACCCUUUACUCUUCAGAGUUCUUCAGAGACGAUUUUUUCUAUUCAGCUGUUAGAUUUCAAAGCAAGUUUACUGGAAGCAUUAGAAGAAUUGCGUAUGAGAAGGGAAGCAGAAGCUCAGUAUGAAGAGCAGAUUGGUAAAAUUAUUGUGGAAACACAAGAACUUAAAUGGCAAAAGGAAACGCUUCAGAAUCAAAAGGAAGCAUUAGUAAAGCAACACAAAGAGGCAAUGGAAGUUUUAAAAAAGCAGUUACAAGUGAAGAUGUAUGCCUUGGAAGAAGAAAAGGGAAAAUAUCAACUUGCUACAGAAAUAAAAGAAAAAGAAAUAGAAGGAUUGAAGGAAACAUUAAAAGAGUUACAGGUUUCUAAAUAUUCUUUACAGAAGAAAGUAAGUGAAAUGGAACAAAAGGUCCAGUUCCAUCUUCUGGCUAAAGAAGAUUAUCAUAAGCAACUGAAUGAAAUUGAGAAAUGCUAUGCUACAGUAACAAAUCAGUUUGGCUUGGUGAAAGAGAGUCAUGUAAAGUUAGAACAAAAUGUACAAGAAGCAAUACAAUUAAACAAAAGACUUUCAGCUUUAAAUAAGAAGCAAGAAUCUGAAAUAUGCAGCCUAAAGGAGGAACUAAAAAAAGCAGCUUCAGAGUUGAUAAAGUCCAAGGUCACAUGUGAAUAUAAGAUGAGAGAAGAAAAUAUCAAUCUGACAAUUAAAGAACAGAAAUUUGAAGAACUUCAAGAAAGACUCAACAUGGAAUUGGAAUUAAAUAAGAAGCUUAAUGAAGAGAUUGUCAGUAUUCAAGAAGAGAAACAGGAUAUCAUCAUUUCUUUUCAACAUAUGCAGCAGUUGCUUCAACAACAAAUUCAAGCUAAUACUGAAAUGGAAGCAGAAUUGAAGGCGCUAAAAGAAAACAAUCAGAACGUCCCAGAAGUAAAUAAUGAAAAUGCUGGAAUAACUAAAAACUCAAGAAAGGCCGUCAUACAGAAAUAUAAUUCUGGGGAAGAAGGCAGGGAAGAAAAUACGAAGGGUUUCUGUUCCAAUACUGAGCACAGAGAAAAGGAGCGAAUGGGAGAAAGUCUGCCUACAGAAGAAGUUAUUACAGAAGAUGCACAGCUUUUUGAGAAAAGCUUCAACAGUGAAACUGAUACAAAUGUAUCUCAGAAUAAAGAUCAACACGGAGUCUCCCUAAGCAAAGUCCCCUGUGCAAGUAAAGAGGCAAUCACCCAACUAACUGGGAGUGUUACUGACCACAGAAAACCUGCUGCUAUGGAAAUAAAAGACAAGCUGGACCUGGAAAAAGACAAUAGAUGCACAGAAUUUAAAUCACCAAGUAACCCAUUUGUAGUGGAAGAUAUAUCAGUAGAAACAGGAAAGAUGCAUGUAGGAGCGAAAGGCCUUCACCAUGCAGACGUAUGCCUGGAGAACAAAGAACAGAGCCCCUCAGCUGACAGUGCUGUGCGUGAGAUGGCUUACAACAGAGAUCAUAACAAAGAUGUUUCUGAAAAUGAACCAUUUGAACAGCAAUUCAGAUCCCAUCCAGGGACCAAGAGGGCAGUUACUAACCAAGGCAAACCAGGUUUGGAUUCAUCUGUAGAUGCAAAGAUGAAUCCUAUUCAGGGUGAGAAAUACAGUUCACAGUAUUCAAGUAAUGUCAAACAGCUGUUAAAUAAAAUCAGUAAGUGUAGUAUAUUGCCUUUUAAACCAGCUUUAAGUCUUCAGCAAGUCCGGACUGAUACUGCAGAGAAGCCUGAACUAGCUCUUCCCUGUGAUGUAACUGUCAACCACCCCAUGCCACCUGCUGCUUUUGGUGAGAAAGCGCUUAUGAAUGCGGAUAAUAUUGGUAUUAGGCCUGCGUUGGUGACACCCAGUUCCAACCCUGGGGAAAGAACUAUACGGGAAGAUAUGAAUGCUACGCAGAACAGCCAGUUUAAGAACUGCCUGGGAUAUUUAGGAAACAGUGUGACCACUUCCGCUCUUCCGAUUAACAGUGGAAAGAGGCAGGCUUCACCAGACACAGGCUUGAAGCCUUCCACCAUACAGGUUUGCAGUGCGAGGGAGACAGAUGAGAGUCAGAGAACUGAAGCAGGAGAAAAUGACCGCUUCCUUUCUGUGAAUGUUAAUGAAAGACAGCAUACAUUGUUAAAGAAUACAGAGAGAGCAGAGUCAUUAAAUGACAUCGUUUCAGGAAAAAUGUACAGGGAAGGACAGCUGGGAAAAUCACAUUCAUUCCACAUAAAGCCAUCUGAAGAUUUAGUAAACAGAAGUGGAAGGGCAUCCUUUGAUCUUCCCACUUCAGAUAAAAAAACUGAGAAAACGCCAGCACACAUGAAUUUCCUAGACCCUAGUGCUUGGUCAAAAGUAAAUCAAACUGCAGGUCAGACAACGCCUAGCACUCCUUUGUUGCUGAAGGAGAGACCAGCAGGUCCAUCGGAAAACACAAGGACCAUUUCAGUGGCUCUCUGUAACAGUGCUGGUGUGGAUGAUGUCAGGAAGGACGCCGGACCAGACACCGCCCGCAUCACCAGAGUUGCUGAUGCUCUGAGUAACGGGACCAUCCAUCCAGACCCCAAGAGAACGCCCAGUGAGGAGAGGAAUGCAACCGCAAAGACGUUUUAUGGUUCUCCUUUUCCCACAGAACAUGUGAAAGCAGAGCCUCCGGUUCUGUCUGUGCUACAAAGCCAUUUUCAGGCCAUCGGGAGUGAAGAGCCUUCUGAUCUGGCUGCCACUUCUUCCGGCAAAGACAACUGGCAAAGCCUUGUGCCAAACCAAGUCACCGAAACUGAAAAGUACCUAAGCUCAGAAAAUGACAACACGCCUAAAAAAAGAAAAGCAGGAGAGAUGCUAGGGCAAACAACAGAUUAACUGACAUGGACAAAUGCUUCUGGUGAUGAAAUGAUGUAACUGACGCUGAUGUCAUUCUUACUAGAAUGAAGUGGCUGUUGCAUCUCAAGUUUUAUAGCUCUCUUCACUUUUGUAACCUCUCCUGGUGUGAUAAGGUAUAUGGGUCUGCAAGGGUCAGUUAAGAUAGCCACCUUGUAUUUGGUGUUUACCCUUAGUAGCCAGUGCCUCUUAAACUCUUGUUAUUGCAUAUACUUCUCUCAAAGCAUCUGUUCCCUCAGUAUCCUUUACAGAAUAAAACUUAAGUACUAUUUAAGAUAGACAGAA